AUGUCAAUUGCUUCUCCAACAACAACAACGAUGAAUAGUAAUUCAUCGCCAUCAUCAAAUCCUUUAACAACACUUUUACAUUCAAUAACUAAAAAACGUUCAAUAUCCCCAAUUGUUCAACGUUUUGUUAAUUUAUGUGUUAAUCAAAAUAAACAAAAUGAUAUUAAUUCCUUACCAUCAUCAAAUAUAAAUGAACAUACAGAAAAAAUUAUAAGAAAUUUAUUAAAAAAAUUAACAAAAUUAAAAAGAAGUGGUUCUAUUGAUGAACUUGAAAAAGCUAUUUUACAUAAAGACUCAAGAACAAAAUGUGUUACAAUACCAAGAUCACUUGAUGUUCCACCAAAUCAAUCAGCAAAAUCAAAUUCUGUUGUUAUUUAUUGUCGUCUAUGGCGUUGGCCAGAUUUAUCAAAUCAAAAUGAACUUAAACCAGUUGAUUAUUGUCCAAAUGCAUUUCAUUAUUCUCGAGAUGAUAUUUGUAUUAAUCCAUUUCAUUAUGAACGUGUACCAGCUAAAUAUUCUGUUUAUGUUCCACAUUUACCACCAGAAGCAUUUCGUGAUAUGCCGGAUUUACGUUCAGCUUCAACAAAUGAUAUUUUACCAAAUCAAAUACCAGAAAAUACAACAUAUCAAACAACUAUUGAACAACAACAAUCACCAUCAUCAUAUCAAUUAUCACCUGGAAGUAUCAGUUCACUAGAUUCUCUUCUUUCACCUCCUGGUACAACUCAUAACGAUGAAAAUAAUCAAAAUUCUCAUGACACUCGAAUGGAAAUUGAACUUGCUCCACCUAUAUCAACGGAAACAAAUCCUAUCUAUAGUCAACAACAACCACAACAACAAUCAAUAUCAACAAUAUCUCCUCAUCCAUCUCAAUAUUCCAUAACAAAUGGUGAACAAGUACCAUUUGAAGAACCUCAUGAAUGGUGUCUUAUAUCAUAUUAUGAAAUGUCAACACGUGUUGGUGAACAAUUUCAUGCUACACAACCACAAGUUAUCAUUGAUGGUUUUACUGAUCCAUCUAAUGCUGAACGUUUUUGUUUGGGUGGUUUAACAAAUGUUCAUAGAACAUUUGAAAUCGAUAAAGCACGACGUCAUAUUGGACGUGGUGUAAAAUUAUUUCAUAUACGUGGAAAUGUUUUUGCUGAAUGUAUAUCAGAUAAUUCUGUUUUUGUUCAAAGUCCAAUAACAAAUCGAAGAUUAUCAUGGCAUCCAGCAACUGUUUGUAAAAUUCCACCAAAAGUUCGACUGAAAAUUUUCGAUAGUGAUGAUUUUACACAAAUACUUAGUAGCGCUGUUCAUGAAAGUUAUGAAGCUGUUUAUAAUCUUAUGAGAAUGUGUAUCAUUCGAAUGAGUUUUGUUAAAGGAUGGGGUGUUGAAUAUAGACGUCAAGCAGUAACAUGUACACCAUGUUGGGUAGAAAUUCAUUUAGAAGGUCCAUUGAAAUGGCUUGAUACUGUACUUUCCACAAUGCGUGGUCCAACACAAUCGAUUACUAGUGUUUCAUGA